AUUUGUGUGGCACUCAAUGCAAACCCAAAUGAGCGGUAAAUUGUGUUUUGAAAUGAUGAUCGUUUGCCACACAAUUGACUCCCAAUUGACACUCAAUUGUCACUACAAUUAGCAGUCAGUCAGCGAGUGAUGAGCUAUAGUGAGGAAAGGCUUGAGUGUCAGCAGCUCUUCGACUACUGCCUCUUAGCCCAGCAAUUGGUCACAGAUAUGGCCACCAAUAGGGCCGACACUCAACACAACCAGUUCUUCGACAAGAAUGGCUCGCCGUCCGACUGGAAGCGAUUCAGUGAUGCAUUGCCUCAACACAUGACACAACUGAUCCAAUUGAAGCACACCAUCAACGAAAGCAUUGUGGCCUCCGUUCAUACAGAUAACUAUAUCCGUCAAUUGAACGCAGGAUCCGAUGAUUCAGACGAUCAGACGCUUAUCAAUACCAAUAUCAGUGAUAUAUUUGAUGAGAAGUUGCAGCAAACGAGUGCUCAGCGCAACACUAACCACGAAGACGACGACAACUACAAGAAAUUGAUGGAAGUGUUGAAUGAAUUCAACGCCGAUUCUAUGGAUAAUGGAUCGGAUGAUGAAGACAUGAUUAUAUCAGACACUCAACAAAACCAGAUUCCAAUCGAUCCGUUCAGUAAGCAAGAGAUCUCAAGACCGGUGAAGAACAAGAAAUGCGGGCAUAUCUACGAUAGGGAACAGUUGAGACUAGUGCUCGAGAGCAGGGUUGGCAGUGGUGGUCACCCGCCAUCAGUCAGAUGUCCCACUGUUGGCUGUAAUAACAAAUCGGUUACUUUGGGUGAUGUGGUCGACGACCGCAAGACUCUUCUACUCAUUAAUAAAAUGAAAGCAAAUGAUAACUAAUUUCGUGCACUUAUUGUUUGUAUUUAUUUUCAUCAAAUCUCUGUUCAAUUGUCAUUGCAUUUGAAGUGAG